AUGAAUGACUCGAAAUCUUCUGAGAAGUCGAGUUUUGGUCGGAGGACUUGGGACCGGGAGGAAUACGCCGAGUUAGGACGAACCUCAAACGUUUCGCCAAGAUCGCAUCUAGGUGAUUUGAGCGAAGCUCAAUUGCAAGCUUUAAAAUCAAGGUAUACUCACCAUAAAGAAUUGUUGACAGAUGCUACACAAAGUGCCAAUAAGAGAGUACUCAUAGGAUCUUUGACCUCUUACAAGAAGGGAAAGCAGUUUGGGUUUUACUGCGAGCUAUGUGAUUUGACGUUUAAAGACACUUUACAAUUCGUGGACCAUCUAAACCAUAAAUUACACCAGAUCAAGUUUGAGACUAUCUUUGGGGAACCAUUGAUCUGCGAUCUACGUGAUAACGACGAAGUCCCGCUGCAGGAGUUUGACGAAAACUAUUCCGCAACGAUGAGAGCAUUUUUGAAGGCUUGUGGAUCCUCUGCUGGUGCCAAACCAAAAAAAGGCCCUUUAAGUCGUACGGAUCACAGUUCAGAACUUGAGGGGCGGUCCACACCCGAUAAUACUGGUGAAAAAACUAAUCUCAGCGGUGUAAUGGGAUUUGGCGGGUUCGGAAGUACGAAAAAGUGA